GGACGACCUCGGAUAGCCUUACACUGACAGGAUCGUAAAACAUAGAUUCAACAUGCUUGUAAACCAGGAAACCGUUCUUCUCGGCAACAAGGUUAUCCUGGUCCCUUAUAUGAAAGAACAUGUUGCUAGAUACCACCAAUGGAUGCUUGACCCAGAGCUUCGUGAACUUACUGCCAGUGAGCCCCUAACACUUGAGGAGGAGCACGAGAUGCAGAGGAAGUGGAGAGAAGAUGAAGAUAAAUUGACUUUCAUAAUCCUGUCUCGACCCGCCGGCCUCGACCUACCACCCCUUACACCUUCCGUCUUUGCCUCCGAUCCGGGAUUCACAUCGUUUCCCAUGAUAGGUGAUGUUAACAUGUUUUGCAAGGGUGCACCCGGAGAGGACGACCCAGAGUGUGGAUUCGAAGCAGAAGUAGAAAUCAUGAUAGCAGAACCCGCCUUCCGCAGGCAAGGCUGCGCUCGGGAGGCGCUAGAGCUGCUCAUCGACUACGCUUCCUCGCCUGCACAUUCUGAGUCACCUACGGCUAAGCCUCUCCCCAUCGCGCGUUCCUCCCUAGUCAGCCGCAUCUCCGAUUCGAAUCUCCCGAGUAUAUGCCUGUUCGAGAAGCUUGGCUUCCAGAUUGUCAAGCGGGUGGAAGUAUUUCACGAGGUCGAAAUGCGAUGGAAGGGGUUAGACGGCGCGGAGCAGGUGUGA